CUUUGCGAGGAUGACAGCAGGUGCCCUUAGUAAAACGCCUUUGCGUGUGCAGGUGGCGUUCAGUGUGAUGCCCCCACGUACUUUUGUGACCUGCGUGCCCCUCUCGAUCCUAAGGCCAUCGUCCUGUCCGAGCAUCAGUAGGCUUCACAGCCUGUAGGUGGCUGGCGUGUUCCGCGUCUGACAACGGGCGCGCUGCCGGCCGAGUCACAUUCGUGAAAAUCUAGCAUUCGUUCAGCGUUUACUGUGUGUUGGGUCCUACAGCUUGACAUGCGUCAGCUCGUUUCCUCCUCGUAAAAGCCCUUGGGGGGAGAUGGUAUUUCCAUGUCGAUUUUGGAGCUGGGGACUCGGGCUCAGUGAAUUCAGUGACUCUCCCGACUCGCCCGGGUGUCACCUGCAGAGGCACCAGGGCUCUCUGGCUCUCGUGCGUGAUCUCCAGCCAGUGUGCCCGGUGGGACCGCCUGCGGUGGUUUUCUAGUAAAUUCUAGGUCCCUGACUUCUUCCAUCGCGGGUCAGCAGCAGGGCACGUUUUAUUUCCACUGUCGAGUGAUCAGGAAAGGUUAGUCUAGGCAUCUCCUCUCCUUGCAGGGGCACCCACACCGCGGGCAGGGGACCGGCUCGGACACACAGAGGCGGCAGCGGUGAUGAACGCUCCGUGCUCUUCUCCCUGCUGAGUCGUUGGGGGCGUGUGUGUCACUCGGCACGUGACGAUUCAGCAGCAUAUGUUACUGUCCUCCGGGAGGUGGGCUCUCUCCCCACCGGCCUCCAGAGGAGCCCGGCUCAGGGAGCACCCUGGUGACUGGAAACUCCCCUCCAGCUUCUCCCUUGGUGCUGACACUCCUCUUCAAGCCUAGAACAGCCCUCCUGCCCGUCCCUCAGUAGAUGAGUUGCAUAAAGUGGCGAAAAAGGAAGUGGCCAGGGGUCAGACCGCGGGUCUGCCCGCUUCUGCCCCUUCCCGCUGAACGCGCAUGCACCUUGUGGAGAACAUCAGUCCGUGCUCCCUGCCGGCACCAGGGGGCGGGUACCCGGGCUGAGACGGAAGGGGGUCUCUGUGGGGUGGGGUGAGGGUUGCAGCCUGCGAGGACCCCGGGAACGACGAUGUUGGCUCGGAUCUGGGCUCCCGGCACGAAUGCUAGGUACACUUGGCCUUGCGAGAGGGCAGAGGUCUGUGCGUUCCGUUCCCAGCCUGCCUUGGGGGCACUUGGCUUCUACUGCCGAGGGAAGACGGUGACCCGGGACACGGGGCGGCCUCCCCGUGUCCUCCGGUCUCCGCCGGCAGGAUCUGCCCCUGCAGUCGGUUGACAUGCCGACUAGAAAAAGCCUGGUCCUUGUGGACCUCUUCCUUUCUCUGCUCCUUGUAGAAUCUUUUAAGUUAAAUCUCCCUGAAAAGAGAAAUAUUCCAUGUGUCUGUUUCAAGGAGACUGGAGUCUUGGGUGCAGAGCAGAAGAUUUGUGUUUGGCCAAGUUCAAGGUGUUCAGUGUCGGCCUCUUUGACUUUUCAGCUUUGGAGCCGGGCAUGAGGCUGAACCGGAGCAGGGAGCUGUGGGGACCGGGAGCCCCGCGACCGUGACCGGCACCUGGUUCUCACCUGGGUCCUCGUGGUCGAGCCGAGGUGGCUGCCAAACCAGCGGAGCCGGAGCGAGCCCCUGACAGGACCAGGUGGAGCAGACACCCCCCGUCAGCCCACGAGACCUGGCAGGACCUGGCUUCUCAGCGCAGCCUGACCGGCUCACCAAUCACCAGGUUCCAGCAGCGAAACCGCAUUCCUGCUGUUUCAGAAGCAUCCGAUGCUCUCCCGUCUGUCCGUGUGUCCAUCCUGCUCAGGGCCCAGUGUGAUCCAUCUAAAGCCUGCUGUGUAUAAUCACCCCGUCCAGGCCUUCCCCAGACCCCUCUCCCUGGCACCAUUGCCUGCAAGAGGAUGACGUAGACCUGGAAGCCCUGGUGAACGAUGUGAGCGCGUCCCUGGAGAGUCUGUACCCGGCCUGUAGCAUGCAGUCAGAGACGGUGCCCCUGCUCCAGAAUGGCCAGCACGCCCGCAGCCAGCCGCCACCCUCAGGAACAAGGUCCCUCCAGCCGCAGGCGUCCCCGCGACUGCAGGUGCAGCGCUCAAAGCCUGUGCACAUCCUCGCUGUCAGACGCCUGCAGGAAGAGGGUGAACAGUUCAGAACCUCGUCUCUGCCGGCCAUCCCUAACCCUUUCCCAGAGCUCUGCGGCCCCGGAAGCCCCCCGCUGCUGACGAGGGGCUCCUUACCUCCCAGCCAGGCGGCUGCAAAACAGGAUGUUAAAAUCUUUAGCGAAGAUGGGACAAGCAAAGUGGUGGAGAUUCUGGCAGACAUGACGGCCAGAGACCUGUGCCAGCUGCUGGUUUACAGAAGUCACUGUGUGGACGACAACAGCUGGACACUAGUGGAGCACCACCCGCAUCUGGGACUAGAGAGAUACCUGGAAGACCACGAGCUGGUGGUCCAGGUGGAGAGCACCCUGGCAAGUGACAGCAAAUUUUUAUUUAGGAAGAAUUACGCAAAAUACGAGUUUUUCAAAAAUCCUACGAAUUUCUUCCCAGAACAGAUGGUUACUUGGUGCCAGCAGCCCAACGGUGGUCACAACCAGCUGUUGCAGAACUUUCUCAACUGCAGUAGCUGUCCUGAAAUUCAGGGGUUUUUGCACGUGAAGGAUCUGGGGAAGAAGUCGUGGCGAAAGUUGUACGUGUGUUUGCGGAGAUCGGGCCUCUACUGCUCCACUAAAGGAGUGUCAAAGGAGCCCAGACACCUGCAGCUGCUGGCGGGCUUGGAGGACAGCAGCAUAUUCUCCCUGAUCGCCGGCAGGAAGCAGUACUGCGCCCCCACGGACUAUGGCUUCUGCAUAAAGCCCAACAAAGUCAGGAGCGAGACGAAGGAGCUGCGGCUGCUGUGUGCCGAGGACGAACAGGGCAGAACUUGCUGGAUGACGGCGUGCAGGCUCCUCAAGUACGGGAUGCUCCUGUACCAGAACUACAGGAUCCCGCCACAGAGGAAGCCCCUGCUCCCCUCCUUCUCAACGCCAGUGCGCAGCGUCUCUGAGAACUCCCUCGUGGCCAUGGAUUUUUCCGGGCAAACAGGAAGAGUGAUCGAGAACCCGGCCGAAGCCCAGAGUGCAGCCCUGGAGGAAGGCCACGCCUGGAGGAAACGGAGUACACGGAUGAAUAUCCUCAGCAGCCAAAGCCCCCUCCAGCCGUCCACCCUGAGUACGGUGAUUCAUCGGACACAGCACUGGUUUCAUGGCCACAUCUCCAGGGAGGAGUCACACAGGAUCAUUAAGCAGCAGGGGCUGGUGGACGGGCUUUUUCUCCUCCGAGACAGCCAGAGCAAUCCAAAGGCUUUUGUGCUCACGCUGUGUCAUCAUCAGAAAAUUAAAAAUUUCCAGAUCCUUCCUUGCGAGGAUGAUGGGCAGAUCUACUUCAGCCUUGACGACGGGAACACCAAGUUCUCCGACCUGAUCCAGCUCGUGGACUUCUACCAGCUCAACAAAGGAGUCCUGCCUUGCAAACUGAGGCACCACUGCAUCCGCGUGGCCUUAUGACCUCACACUGACUCUCGGCAGAGCCUGGAGGAAGCUGACACUGGAACGAGGGAAGGGGAUGUAUGUCGCGAAGAGCACACGUCUGUUGUUCUGCACCCUGGGGAGGGCGGGGGGUGGGGGGGUGGGUCCGUCGGGGCCGGCCACCCGGGAUGGACCGGUCGCUGGACUGGACGGUGAUUUGCUGCUGCGGAGCCGGCAGGAGCGUCUCCCUCCGCACCGGCGAGAUCAGGGAGGCGCCGGAGAGCAGGUGCAGGUGGGAGAGAAAACCGGAGCGAUGGUCUCGGCUGGGCCACGUCGGAACCAGAACCGGAGACGAGUAAUUGGAAGUGAACUCUUGCCCUGGAAUAAUCUUGACAAUUAAAACUGAUAUGUUUACUUUUUUUUGUAUCGAUCACUUUUUGCACUCCUUCUUUGUUUUCAAUAUUGUACUCGGCCUCUGUCAGAGGGGGUGUGGCGUCCAGUGCGCAGGCUCCAGAGACUGGCUGCGGGGGGGCCCCCCCACCCCCGGUUGUUGCCGGAGGGUGGUGCCGGCCCUGUGCAGUUGCCGGAGGCCGAUUCGGCUCCCAGGUCACAAACCACCCCCAGCCCCUCCCAGAAUACUUGAAGAGCUUUUUUAAAAAUAAAUAAAAGAUGUCACCUGUGGUA